GGCGGGCACAGUUUGAGCGGCUGCCUCUCGCGCGAUGACGAUGACGUCGACGCGCCCCGGGACCGGCCUCGCGGUGCUCUGCCCGCUGCUGCUGCUCGCCUCUGCGGCGGCUGCCGCUUUUCCACGCCACCUCGCAGAGGGCGAGCAGUGCUGGGAGUCGGGCGCGGAAGGCCGCUGCCUGCGGGUUCGCGACUGCGCGGCCGCGCGCGAGGCGCUGGCGCAGCGCCGGCCGCUGCCGCGCCGCUGCGGGUUCGCCGGCUACGAGGAGGUGGUGUGCUGCGUGCAGGAGGAGCAGGAGCCGCCAGUCCCCGACGUCGUCGCCCCCGACUACUUCCCCAACAGGGACACCGACGGCGGCGGCGGCGAUACCAACAACAUCAUCGACGACGGCUGGAGGAGGCCCGCGGCCGAACGGCCCAGCGUCGCAGCCUGCAAAUCCUACAGGAGUCAACGCGAUGGUCUGACGUACCACAUCCUCUACGGCGAGAAAGCUCGACAGGCGGAGUUUCCACAUAUGGCGGCCCUGGGCUACAGCGUGGCGGGCACGGAGGGCCUCAGCUGGCUGUGCGGAGGGACCCUCAUCAGCGACCAGUUCGUCCUCACCGCGGCCCACUGCUGCGCCAACAGAGUCAUGAGGAGACCUCUGAGGGUGCAGAUCGGGACGCUGGAGAUCCCCCCCACGGAGGGCAGUGACUCCAUGUACGGAGUGAAGGAGGUGAUCGUCCACCCGGGCUACAAGCGGCCCUACUACGCCAACGACAUCGCGCUCCUGAGGCUGGACCGGCGGGUGCAGUUCUCGGACUCCGUGUUCCCCGCCUGCCUGUACACGGAGGGCGGCGACCCGCCCACGCUCACCGCCACCGGCUGGGGGGCGACCACGGCCAGCGGGACGAGGAUGAGCCCGCUGCUGCUGAAAACAACAAUUUCCCCGUUCCCGCUGUCGCACUGCCAGAGGACUUACGAGAACAAGUUCCCCAACGGGCUGGACUCGUCGGUGAUCUGCGCCGGCGACCCGCAGGGGAAGGCCGACACCUGCGUCGGUGAUUCCGGAGGCCCUCUUCAAGUCAUCGGAGAACGUGCUCCGUGUUCAAUUGUCGGGAUUACCAGCGUAGGCCCGAAACCGUGCGGCGGCUCCAUACCCAGUGUGUACACGCGAGUCUCCAACUACCUAGACUGGAUUGAGAAACACGUGUGGCCAUAAAACAUUAUUCAUAAACUAAACUGCUUAUGGGAGUCGUAGUCAUUGAACUUCGUCUUCCAGUACAUACCUUCAUACACUGUAUUCCAGUUAGUUCAAUGGCCAGUAAAGCGUACUGUCCGGCUGUCAAACUGUGAUAACCUAUAUGUUUAGUGUAAGAAUGCUCUCAUACUAUUUAUUAGUUGUGAAAAGUGUCAGAGUUCAGUUUUGCACGUUGUAAUAAUUGCUUCAAAGACGUAUCGAUAUGAGAAAAAUUUAUGUCCCAUAGGCAAUACAACAACAACGUCUCAUAUAUUUCGCAUGUACUGUAAUGAGACUUCAAAUUUA